UGGGUCAAGGCCAGCUGGUAUAUAAACAAUUCGUGCACGCAAAAGUUUGUGUCGACACGCGACAAAGUUUAUAUACUUGUUGUCAUUGAUGGUGUUUUACUUAGAUCUUAAGACGCAAGACAGUAUGGUUGUGGCUCGAGGUGUUACCCGUGUUGAAAAGUCCCGACAGAUGAGGGAAGGCGGUGGAUUUCUCGUUCGAAGACCUGUCGGAGAUCGCAUCGAUCAUUGUGAUCCGUUCCUUAUGUUGGAUCAUUUAGGACCGGUGGUUUAUGGACCAGGAGAGGCUGUAGGAGCGCCUGAUCAUCCUCAUCGUGGAUUUGAGACCGUUACUUAUCUCAUUGACGGUAAGACAGGAGUUUCUUUUUAUUUUCAAAAUUAAGAUAAAAAAUAGGGGUUUACCGAUCGAAUUAUAGCGUGACACUUAUCAAAUUACGUAAUUAGUGUCAAAGCUUUUAAAUCCUCUCCAAAAAUCGACCGAAAUGAGUACACAUAGAUUGUCUGACCAGUUAACAUCGUAGAAUCGAGAUCUACACCUCAAGAUAAGAUUAUGUCGAAGAAAAUUAGGCCAAUUUGUGUUUCGAUGAUUUAUUUACUCAGCAUUUCCGCAAAUAUUAAAUCUCUUCGUUUUAUUUGAUCAAAUGUUUGGAAACAAGCUCAAAUGGUCAGAAUAAGCAAAAGGAAACUCUAUUUCCUCGUUUUCCUUUAACAAAAAAAUCGAGACCAAAUUUAUCGUCAUUAUUUACGCUGCAAUGACAGCGGGGAGGGAGCAAAUUUAGAAUUUUUAGGUCUCUACUACAAGUGGUUUUGUGCAGGUUCUCUGAUUUUCUGACCUCUGCAAAAUUCUCCAAAUUCUUUUCAUACCUAGGAAGUGUGUGUGAAGAAAUUUAUAUCUCCUUGAGAAGACGGCACAAUGCUAAAAUCCAGUUUAAUAUUUCAAACUCUUAUUCACUAUUCGGAAUUGACCAUUUAAACCCUAGGAGUGUCCAGCAUCUGCUGAAUCAUUUAUUGAGAAUGUGAGAAUCGAGGAAAUGAUCACCAACCUAAGAGGCUUUGAUUGUUAAAGAAAUUCUUCUCAUCAGUACCAAAGGAAAUGCAGGAGAUGAGUAUGGAGAAUAUAGGGGUGUUGAAGGUUGACCUAAAUCAUGUCUUUUUGUGUAUAGGAGAAAUGAAACACCAGGACAGUGCUGGAAAUAAUGGUGUUUUAAAGGAAGGCUGGGUUCAGUGGAUGACAGCAGGAUCUGGUGUUGUCCACAGUGAAAUGCCAUCUGAUGAAUUUCUAAAGAGAGGUGGGAGAUCAGAAGGCUUUCAACUCUGGGUAAACUUGCCUGCAAAAGAGAAGAUGAUCAAACCAAGGUACCAGGACACUGAUGCUAAGAAAAUUCCAGUAGUUAGCAGUCCAGGUAUGAUUUGAUCUUGUAAGAUUUUCUUCCAAUCCUUAAAUAUGCUUCUAAAAAUAACUAUUUUUGUUUUAUCAUGAUCCUAGAUGGCUUAAAACUUUUCCAUUGAAAGCUUUGAAUCAUUUAAAGGGGUUAAUUUUUUAUUGUAAAGAACUGUUUUCGUUAUUGACUUUUAGGGUUCCUAAGUCUUACUUUGGAUACAGUUUGAGUGGUUUUUAAGUUUUCUUUUGUGGUUUCAGUGCCUCCCUUGCUGUGGGUUUAAGAACAGUUUGGCCUCUCUUUCUUUGUAUAACAAACUAUUUAUUCAUGUUUCAGUAUGCUUAUCAAAAUAAUAAUGCAAGGAAUUUUAGUUACUAGAAUGAAGUGGGAGAAAAUUUGUAUUGAAUGCAGCCAAGAGCAACUCAUGGUUUGAAGUUGGUCAAUUGUUCAUCAUCUCUUAAAUUCUUUUUUCUAAUAGAUGGGAAAACCAAGGUGAAAGUUAUAGCAGGAGAAAGCUUGGGAGCCAAAGCUGUUAUAGACACACGAACACCAAUCAUGUUCCUGGACAUUCAUAUACAGGCUGGUGGAUCAUUUGUUCAGGAUGUUCCUGAGCAAUUUGAUGGAUUUGCUUAUGUUUGGAGAGGAGCUGGUUCAUUCACUGAUGAAAGAGUCUCUGUGGAGAUGGGAAUGGUAAAUAAAAAAAAAAUUUGCCAAAGUUAUCUUAAGCCCUUUUAAAAAACUCUUUGGUAGAAAUGAAUUUGGAACCUUUAGGCCAGUUGGGUAUACUACAAAGAGGGUCACUUAUACCCAAUUGUAAAACUAAUCAUAUAAAAAUAUAAAAUAUUUAUAAAUAUAAAUAUCACAAAUAAUAUCAAAAACUCUUUCAUGUUCACGCAAAAUCAAGACAAUCACAUUGAAAUUAUAUUUUUACUUUUCUAGUCUUGACAAGUCUUAGGUGUCAAAGUAGUGUCUUAUCUUAUUUGUUCAAGAACCAUUGGUGGUCUGUUUUAUGACCUUUAUCAAUCCAUAUGAAGUCCCUAUUUGUGUCAAACUCCUGGUCAAAAUUUAACCACAGUUGUUUGAGAACCAUACCUUCAUUUCCAAAACAAUAAAAUAGCCAGAAAUUCAUCACCCAAAACAAGAUGAUUUAUGAAUCAGGUUUAGUUCAGCACUUAAUUCAUGAUUUUAAAAAAUAGUUCACAUGGACAUGAUUCACAAAUAAAAAAAGUCAGAUCAGGAUUUACAAGAAAAAAAAUCAAAAGAUUUUCAUUGAAUUUCUAUGCAUUCUCUCUGGCCUCCACAUAACUCUACAUGUUGGAAAAUUUAAAGAUAUUUCAUUUUUCCAAGUUCAUGUUGAGCCACUUGAACAGAAAAUCCCAAAAUUGGUUCCUAGCCGCAAAACAGAAAAAACAAAACAAAACAAAACAAAUCCACAGAUUGAAACCUCCAGAAUUUUACUAAGCCUUAUAAUAAUUUUCUUCCUCUCUUGGAUCUAGGGCCCCCUUCCCUUAAAGGUUGGGUUAAUUUUUAAUAAUUCUUAGGUUGGGUUAAUUUUCAUAAGUUUAAAACAAUCAUAAGGAAAGAAACUUGAAUUAAUUAAAUUGUUCAUAAAGGAAAUUCAUAUUUGUUUCCUUUUUGCAGGUGGGUGUGCUUGGAAAAGGAAACACUUUUCAGAUAAAUGCAAGUCCCAAUGAAGACAUUCAUGUGCUCUUGAUUGCAGGGGUACCAAUAAAUGAACCAAUUGCCAGGCAUGGACCAUUUGUUAUGAACAAAUGGGAGGAGAUAGAGCAAGCUUUUAGGGAUUAUCAAUCUGGCAAACUUGGUUCCAUUGAGGGAUCUGAAGAACGUUAUGCCAAGACACAGAAUGCAGUCAGUAAACAGAAACAGACAGGAACAUGGAAGAAAAAAUAAAUUUACAUCAAUAGUUCACUUUGACUGAAAAUGAAGAGUGCAAUUUUUCUGAAGUAGUACGUCAAAGAUGCCAUCGGAUUUUUUCACCUUGAAAAAUUAAGUUUUAAUUUUUUCAACUUCAUCAAUAAUUGAUGAUUAUUAUAGUCCUUUUAAAUCUGUGAUAAAAAUUUUUCAACACAUGUUUAAUAGUUAGCACCUUUAACCAAAUACCACUCUU